AUGGCUGGGACCGAAAAAGAGGAGCAUGGAGCAAUCCAUGCCGAAGAUGCUAUCGAAACUGCAGCGGGCCCGGAAGAAGAUCCUAUCAAACACAUACCGUUCGUUGAAGACAAGCAACGAGCACGAAAGCUCGUCCGUCGCAUGGACCUCCACAUCUUACCGCUUUGCGCUUGGGUCUACCUUCUCAACUAUCUCGACAGAGGCAACAUCGGCAAUUCCAAAGUACUGAACCAAGAGACUGGCGACUCUCUCUUGCAAGCUACGAAUAUGACUAACACAAAUUACGCCGUGGCGGUUUCGCUCUUUUCGCUCGCAUACGCAUUGUUCGAAGUACCCAGCAAUUGGAUCAUGAAGAGAUAUGUUCGUCCGAGCGUUUGGCUUGCGACAUUGCUUGGAGCGUGGGGUGUGUUUACUAUCGGUUUCGCUGGAGUGCAGAACUACGCGACUGUAGUAGUUCUGAGGUUUUUCAUUGGUGUCUUCGAAGCUGGCUUCUUUCCAGGUAUCGUUUACCUCAUCACAUUCUGGUAUCCUGUCGAAGAACGCAGCGUGCGAAUUGCUUUCGUCCUCGCAUCAGCGACUGCUGCCGGAGCCUUUGGCGGAUGCAUAGCCUACGGUGUGGGAAAUAUGAACAACACAGCAGGACUCGAAGGUUUCCGAUGGUUGUUCAUCAUCGAAGGCAUCAUUACCGUCAUUAUGGUCAUUCCCGUCCUACUCUUCUUGCCUGAUUAUCCCAGUCGUGCCAAGUGGCUGAACAACGAUGACAAGAAAUACAUUCAAGACCGCAUUGCUGUCAAAGGUGGUGGUUUCACGCAGCAAAAGUCCACGAAGCAGGAAAUUAUGGCCACAGCUUUCAGCCCAAGGAUGUUGACGCACUACUUCGCCUACGCGACCAACUGCGUCCCCCUCGGCUCUCUAACCUUCUUCACACCAACCAUCGUCUCUGGCCUGGGCUACACCAGUAUCUCCGCCCAACUCAUGACCGUUCCACCUUGGGUCGUAGGCUACAUAAUCUGUCUCUUCCUCGGAUGGUCCGCCGACCGCACCAACAAACGAGGCCUACACAUCGGAAUCUCCUCCACUCUCGGUGGAAUCGGCUGGCUCACAGCUGGCCUUCUGCCCGCAGACGCUUACACAGCCCGGUACGGGUGUUUGAUGCUUUGUGCUGCCGGAGCCUUCCCAUCUUCGGGCCCGUUGAGCGCUUGGGUGACGUGUAAUGUUCCAGCGAUCACGACAAUGGCGGUUGCGACGGCGAUGAACAAUAGUAUGGCUGGUGUGAGUCAGAUUAUUGCGCAGUGGAUUUGGUUGCCCAGGGAGGCGGCGAGUGGAUAUCCGACGGGAAAUUUUGUUUGUGCGGCGUGUAGUUUUGCUACGGCUGCGUUGGCGUUAGGGUUGAGGAUACUUUAUGGGCAGAUGAAUGCAGGUGGUGUAAGAGAUGCUUCUGGAAAGGAGAGGAUCUGGCUCCUGUAA